AUGGGGAAACCAGCAUUUUCUCAAGCAAACAUCAAUGGGGUCUAUAUCCCUUCGGUGCUGCUGAUCGUCGGCGUCGCAAUCAUUAAGAGAGAAUACGUCCCCUACGCAGUUGCUUUCGCUGCGCUUGUGGGAGGCUACAAGAUCUUCGCCAGCGGGCCUCCAUCGUCGAGGAAAGUCCUCAAGCCAGACACCUUCCAAGAAUUCCCUCUCACAGACAUUAAAAAGACCUCGCACAAUGUCGCCAUCUAUCGCUUCGGUUUGCCCAGGCCAACCGAUAUCAUUGGUCUGCCCAUUGGUCAACACAUGUCAUUGGCAGCAACCCCGAAGGGUGCCGAGAAAGAGGUCGUCCGCUCAUAUACCCCAAUCACAUCCGACGAGGACAAGGGCUUUUUCGAGCUCCUGAUCAAGUCAUACCCUCAAGGCAAUAUUAGUGCACACAUGGCCACACUCAAGAUCGGAGAGACCAUGAAAGUGCGAGGUCCAAAAGGUGCCAUGGUUUACACUCCGAACAUGUGCAAGCGCAUCGGUAUGAUUGCUGGUGGGACAGGUAUUACGCCAAUGUUGCAAAUCAUCCGUGCCAUCAAUCGCGGCCGGCCCCAGGACACCACGAAGGUGGACCUUGUUUUUGCCAAUGUCAAUCCCGAUGAUAUCCUGCUGAAGGAGCAGCUCGAUGCCUUGGACAAGGAGGACCCCAAUUUCAGCGUGUACUACGUCCUGAACAACCCGCCAGAGGGGUGGAAGGGCGGGGUCGGAUUCGUGACUGCUGAUAUGAUCAAAGAAAGACUGCCACCCCCAGCUCCCGACAUGAAAAUUCUGAUCUGUGGUCCUCCACCUAUGGUCAGUGCCCUGAAGAAGGCGACCGAAAGUCUUGGAUAUCAGAAAGCCAGACCAGUCAGUAAGCUCGAAGAUCAGGUCUUCUGUUUCUAG